AUGUUGAAACCUGGCUGUCUCGUGUACUGUCGAGUGCUGCAGGCACUUCCUGGAAUGGCUGCGCAACUCACUUGCACAGUCGCGAAUGGUCCUCGAUCGGAAUGGGUGAACGGAGCUUCUCUGUUUGGCGAAUUGAAAGAUGGCUAUGUCUUUAAGAUUUCCGUUACACAAGCUCGACAAUUACUGGACCCGGGAUGCGAUAUUCUGCAAACGAUUGGCUCUCAAAUUCCUUACGAGUGUGCGAUUGGUUUGAAUGGUUUUGUAUGGGUGAACAGCGGUGAUGCUAACAAGAUAAUAACGAUAAGCAACACGAUCCUCAAUUCUCUUUAG